UCUAGACUGAUCCUGUAAGUGGGAAGGAAGCUUAUCCAAGGGCACUCAUGUAUGGUCACAUUACACGGCAGCGAUUCCAGCUCUCAGGUACACAGGCUCUGAAGCAGAGUUACAGUGUAUUGUGAGACUUUGCUUCUCACAUAUUUCUUUCUGAAAAGUUUGAGGCGAGAAAAAAAUGGAAUGCAGGAAAAGCUAUUUUAGUAUGCUUUUUAAACAAAUAUCAAGUAUAGGCUGCUCAGAAAUAAAAGCAUGGUGUCUCGGAAGAAUCCCUAUCUUGGAGUGGGCUCCCAAGUACAACCUCCGAAAGAACCUGAUUCCUGACUGCAUCUCCGGAACCAUGCUGACAGUUCACCAAGUGGCACACGGCCUGGCUUUUGCUGUGAUGUCAUCGGUUCACCCAAUGUUUGGAUUAUAUGGGUCUGUGUUUCCACCAUUGAUCUACGCCAUAUUUGGCAUGGGCCGACAUGUUUCCACAGGUACUUUUGCUAUCACAUCCCUGAUCUCUGCUUCAGCUGUUGAGAGGCUUGUUCCUUGGAACAAUGGCACUGCCACUAAUGGCUCAUUGGGAGAUAUGGCUAUAUCUGAUUUUGAAAUGCAACGAAUAGGAGUUGCUGCAGCUGUAACCUUCCUAGGUGGAGUCAUACAAAUGUCAAUGUCUUUGCUGCAGUUGGGGUGUGCCACUUUUCUCCUCUCAGAGCCUGUAGUCAGUGCAAUGACAACAGGAGCAGCGACUCACGUGGUGACGUCACAAGUCAAGUUCCUGCUAGGAAUGAAGAUGCCUUAUAUAUCUGGACCAUUAGGGAUGUUCUAUAUUUAUAUGUACGUUUUCAAAAACGUCAACAUGAUCCAAGUAUCAGCGCUGUUGUUGUCUCUUCUGUCUCUCACAGUGCUGAUUCUAACAAAAGAGCUGAAUGAGAAGUAUAAAAAACAGAUCAAGUUUGUCAUUCCUAUCGACCUGAUACUAAUGUCUGUAACCUCCCUUGCUUGUUAUUUUGCCAAUAUGGAAGAGGAUUACAGCAUUGAAGUCAUUGGAUUUAUUCCAAAAGGAAUUCCUCUUCCUCGGGCCCCAACAAUGGAUGUGCUGCACCAGGUUGUGGUAGAAGCCUUCAGCAUUGCAUUGGUUGGAUACACAGUUUCCAUAUAUCUUGCUUACAAUUCAGCCAGAAGGUUCAAAUACUCUGUUUCUGAAAAUCAGGAGCUUUUUGCCCAUGGACUCAGCAAUAUCAUUCCAUCUUUUGUCUUCUGUAUACCAAAUGCAGGAGCUCCAGCCCGGACAUUUCUGCUAUAUAAUAAUGGGUCACAGACACAGGUUGCCUGUUUGGUAUCGUGCUUCCUUGUCCUCCUGGUCAUUUGUUUCUUAGUACCCUUAUUAUACUGGCUACCAAUGUGUGUUUUGGCAAGUGUCAUUAUUGUUGGAUUGAAAGGGAUGCUUAGACAGUUCCAAGAUUUGAAGAAAUACUGGAAUGUUGAUAAAUUUGAUUGGGUAAUAUGGAUUUGCACCUAUGUGGUAACAAUCUGCUUUGCUGCAAAUAUUGGUUUGCUGUUUGGUGUUGUCUUUAAUAUUGCAGUAGGAGUAUUUCGAUUAACCAAAGCAAGGACACUGCAGCUCGUACAUUUAAAUGAGGAUUUCAGCUCAACAAGUGAAGACGAUCAUGGUGACUAUAAAGUGGUAUCUAUUGGUUCACCACUGUUAUUUCUCACUGCCAAGAAAUUCUGCAGUGAUAUCCAGAAAGUGAACCAGAAACCUAGAACAGCAAGGGAGUCCAAUCAGCACAAUGGAGACAUUUUACUAAUUCCAGUGUCUAAUGAAAGCUGUGGUGGAAUGAGCCCAGAUGGAGGAAGCAGAAAGACUUUGAUUUUGAACUGCAAAGGCAUUUCCUUUUUUGAUUUUACGGGAGUCUCUUCUCUCUCUCAGAUUUGCUCAGAUCUAAAAAAGCAGGGAACAGAUGUGAUGUUCUUAGGCUGCUGUGAAUCUCUAAGGAAGUCCCUUCAUUACUGCAACUGUGGAGCGGAUGAGCAGAUUUUCUUUAACUCUCUAAAGAGUGCACUGCAUGUCAUAAAAAAGGACCAUGGACCAAAUUCAGAGGGACUUGAAUUACCCGUCAUAUAGGACCUUAAGAGGCACUCUGUACGACUAAAGAUUUUUUUGUAUUUUUUUGUAUUUUUUAUUUUAUUUUUCUCUAUUUUUGCUUUGAAAUACGUAAUUUAGAUGCAUUUAAUCAUUUACUGGCUAAACUGAUGCUAGGAAUAUAAAUCUCUUUAGAUAUGAUUUACAAGACAACCUGCCAUGUACCAGACAUAAAUAUUACUGUUAAUUAUGUCAUGCAGAAGAGAGAAAAAUUCUUAACUCUUAAUUAUGGCUGUCUAUUCAGACUUGUGAGCCUUGGCUACACAGGUACAUGGUAUCUUUUCUGUUGCACAGCUAAACGUGCUCCCCUGGUGCUUACACAAUGGACUUCCAAUGCCUUUCAUCAUCGCCACAUUCUGCAGAUUGUACAGUGCUUUGUUUUUUUGUUUUUUUAAACUCUAGACAAUACUUUUUGUUUUAAAUUUGGAUAGAGUGGUGAAGGAUCAAAACCUGUGGCAGGCUUUUAUUGUUGUGUUCCUAUUUUCUUGAUGGAAAGAUUUUUCUUCACUUUCUGUUUUAAAAAGUGGAAAUUAGUGGACAUCUUCCAAUCCAUAAUAAGGGGAAAUCCCAUGUUUACACCUUUCACUGGAACAAGUAUCCCCGGUGGAAGAAUUCCCCCCAUCUCCUGUUCUGAGUAAAACUGUAGAAUUUUUCGAGUUAACUUCACUUUUAUUGCAGUACAAAUGGUCACAAUAAUAAAUAUUGAGGAUGGAUAACUUCAAAACAUAAACAGCAAUAAAAACCUGUAAUGCCAUGUACACACAAUCGGAUUUCUGAUGGAAUAAAAUCCGAUGGAUUUUU